GAUGUUUACAGCUAUUUGCCAUCAAACAUUUGGUACAGAUUUUUCUUAAAUUUGGAUGAAAAUUAACUUACGGGUGUUAAGAACAUCUUAUUUUGCAUAUAAUCCAAGUCACACAAUUUGCAAUGGAGCUUUGUCGGACAUGCAUGAAUAAGCGCGGAAGUGAUGCCGUAGGAGAUGAAUUUAUCUCUGUGUUCUCUAUACUCGAAGAGGAUAAUGUUUACAUCGCGGAUUUCCUAUCACGGUGGGUCGGUUGCGAGGUACGAGAAGAUGACGGUUUACCUUCGGAAAUAUGCUCACCUUGCAUAGAUGCAAUCAAAUCGAUCUCCUACUUCUUUCGAAAUGUCGAAGAGUGCGACCAGCAACUAAGAAUAAUGCUUAAACCUUUAACAUUUCCUCUGGAAACGCACACGGACAUUUCUAUCGACUCAAUAAAACAAGAAUCUGAUGAUUUCAUGGAGAAAACGGAGCCUUCCGAGUUCAUAGAUGACAAAUCAACCAUAGAACUUAAAAAUUUCAACUAUGAUUUGAAACUUUUGCCAGUUAUGGUAGAAACAACUAGCGACGCGCCCUCUGAAGGAGAAUCCGUUCCAGGGCAAGAGAAUUAUGGAAGCAGCUCAGAAAAGGUAGAAAAUAGAGGAAGAGUCAAAACAGGAACCACAUGCAGGCGGGUGAAACGCAAACGCAUUAUGGAAUACUCAUCGCCAUCGAUGGAUGCUAGCGAUGAUCUGGACGCGAAAGAAUUGGAAACAUACGAUAUCAUUGACACUGAGUAUAAAAUUAUCUGCUGUGGUUGUUUCCGGCUUUUCAAUACAGAGGAAGAACUUGCGAAACAUGGUGAGUUGUUGCAUAAAGGCAGGGAGAGCAAACGGUCGGGUCAUCAUAAUCAACUGGAAGCAACAUGCAAAUUUUGCUACAAGCGGUUUGACGGGACUUCACAGUGUGCAAUUCACCGUAAAUGGUUUGUUGGUCUUGAAAAAGUAUACGAGUGUAAAAAGUGCAAGAAACGAUUCGUGAACCCCAGUUUGCGGCGGAAGCAUGCUUACAGUCACAAGGAUUGGAAUAUCGCAGCCCCUAAAAUAUUUCCUGUGUCAAUGUCUAAACUCGAGAAGCAUGGCUACUUGUGUUGCGUUCGUGGGUGUACCAGCUCCCAGAGCUCCGAGGACGAUCUUUUUGAGCACAUAAAGAAAACUCAUAACGUAUUCGAGAAGGAGAUUGAUCUAAACAUUAGUGGAAUGACAUUCCAAUGCGUUUUCUGUUUCAAGUUUUUCGAAUCCAAAAACAAGCUGGAUAAUCACCAUAUAAAUAGAUACAACACUAUGGUUAAUACGGUGCAGCACCAAUGUCACCAGUGUGGUAAAAUUUUCCGAUCUUUAGAAUUCCUGGAAGCUCACGAGAACAGACACGCGGAUUUGAAGCCCUACGAGUGUGACAUUUGUUUCAAGAAGUAUUAUAGCGGUGCUGUUCUCAAACAACAUCGUAUAACUCACACCCAAGAGAAAAAUUUGAUUUGUACAGUUUGCGGCACAGCUUUCAGAACCAAAGCAUUCCUAGAGAAUCACUAUCGCAUCCACAGCAAUGCAAAACCGUUCGAGUGUGAUAUUUGUCAUAAAACUUUCAGACACUCGUCGUCUCUGUUCACACACAAGAAGACACACAAUCCCGACAAACACAUGAAAUGUGCGGAAUGUGGCAAAGCUUUCGCGGAUAGUACCAAUCUGAAGCGCCACAUGGUAUCGCAUACGGGCAUAAAACCGUACCAGUGUAGCUAUUGCGAAAAACGUUUCAUGCGUCUAGGCGAGCGCGCGGAGCACGAAAGUGUCGUGCAUUACGGUGUAAUGCCGUAUACCUGUGACACAUGUGGAGCACAAUUCGCUACCAAGCGAACGUUUCAGAAACACGAACAGCAAGUAUGCGGCUUUGUUGAAAUGAGUUGAAAGGCUGAAAUAUAUAAUGAAUUGUAACAUUUCAUCGUAUUUGUUCCAUUG